ACUUGUAAGAAGGAAAGAGCAUUUGUUUUACAAAGAAAUUACUCCCUGAUUGAGCUGACAGUACCACUCUCUCCGACUCUCACGAAAUUUGGCAUCGCAGAGGAAAAGAGUGGAUCUGGAAUGGAGAGCUCCGGCGAAUUGGUGGCGCUUCCCGUGUUGGUGGAGUCCAACUACAGGGCAUGCACAAUUCCCUACCGAUUCCCUUCUGACAAUCCCAAGAAACCCACCCCCACUGAGCUCUCUUGGAUCAAUCUCUUCGCCAAAUCAAUCCCUUCAUUCCGCAAACGUGCUGAGGCCGAUGAUACCGUUCCGGAUGCUCCCGCCAGAGCUGAAAAGUUCGCCCAAAGAUAUGCUGAGAUACUGGAUGAUUUGAAGAAAGACCCUGAGAGUCAUGGUGGCCCGCCCGAUUGCAUUCUUCUUUGUCAGCUCCGUGAGCAAAUCCUUAGAGAAUUGGGCUUUAAAGAUAUAUUCAAGAAGGUCAAGGAGGAAGAAAAUGCCAAGGCGAUAUCUUUAUUUGAGGGUGUUGUCCACCAUAAUGAUGCUAUCCAGGAUGAAGCUGCACGCAUUGAAAAUUUGAUUAGGGGGAUAUUUGCUGGCAACAUUUUUGAUCUUGGCUCAGCUGAGCUUGCAGAGUUGUUUGCAAAGGAUGGUAUGUCCUUUCAAGCUAGCUGUCAGAACCUUCUCCCUCGACCCUGGGUUAUUGAUGAUUUGGACAAGUUCAUUUCAAAAUGGAGCCGGCGUUCUUGGAGAAAGGUUAUAAUCUUUGUAGACAAUUCUGGUGCAGAUGUCAUUUUGGGUAUAUUACCAUUUGCGAGGGAGUUGCUUCGACUUGGUGCCCAGGUUGUGCUGGCUGCAAAUGAUUUGCCUUCCAUCAAUGAUGUGACAUAUGUCGAGUUAAUAGAGAUUAUAGCCAAGCUGAAGGAUGAGAAUGGGAAACUUAUGGGAGUUGAUGCUUCAAACCUCUUAAUUACAAAUUCUGGUAAUGAUUUACCGGUUAUUGAUCUAUCAAGAAUAUCACAAGAACUUGCCUACCUGGCAAGUGAUGCAGACCUUGUGGUCAUGGAAGGAAUGAAGAGCGGAAUGCUUUCUCAAAUUUUCCGUUUGAUGCUCUUCUCCAGGGCCGUGGAAUUGAGACUAACCUCUAUGCGCAGUUCAAAUGUGAUUCCUUGAAUGUUGCUAUGGUGAAGCACCCAGAGGUUGCUCAGUUUCUUGGAGGACGGCUCUAUGAUUGUGUGAUCAAGUACAACAAGUUUUCCAAAUAGAAAAACAUUUUGCGAACACAUGGAACGUGAUGCAGGCGUAGAACAUGGAUUCAUCUAUCUUUCUUUCUACUCUUACAUGUAUAAUAGAUAGGUGAACUCUGUAAUCCAUGGAACAAAUCUUGAUUUUCACCAUCUAGGCAUUCUCUAUAUAACUCCAAAUCUCAAUUGGUGUUGCUA